UCGGGGUCGCCAUCUUCCUUCGGGGAUUCUUCCCCGCUCCAGUUCGCUCCUCGUCCACGACGGAGCAUCGAGCAGAAAGCCCAGCGCCGGAACCCUCGGCGGGCGUUGAUGACAGGGAGCAUCCCUGGCUUUGUUGAUGUCAUCAGGAACCUCAAUUCUCCGGUGCUGCUGGAAGACAAUGUGCUAAGACAGGCAAAAGCCGCUGGGAAAAGAGUGAUCUUUUAUGGAGAUGAAACAUGGGUCAAAUUAUUCCCAAAGCACUUUGUGGAAUAUGAUGGAACCACCUCGUUUUUUGUGUCAGAUUACACAGAGGUUGAUAACAAUGUCACGAGGCAUUUGGAGAAAGUACUGAAAAGAGAAGACUGGGACUUGUUGAUCCUGCACUACUUGGGGCUGGACCACAUCGGGCACCUCUCGGGGCCAAACAGCCCCCUGAUUGGGCAGAAGCUCAGUGAGAUGGAUGGUGUCCUCAUGAAGAUCCACAUGGCACUGUUGUCAAAGGAGAAGGAGGCUCUUCUACCCAGUUUGCUUGUUCUCUGUGGGGAUCACGGCAUGUCGGAGACAGGCAGUCACGGAGCCUCUUCCACAGAGGAAGUGAACACUGCUCUGGUGCUGAUCAGCUCUGCAUUCGAGAGGAAGCCUGGUGAUAGGAGACAUCCAAAGCGUGUCCAACAGACUGAUCUGGCUGCAACACUGGCAAUAGGCCUGGGCUUGCCAAUUCCAAGAAACAACGUGGGGCGUCUUUUAUUCCCAGUUGUGGAAGGAAAACCAGUGCGAGAACAAUUAAGAUUUUUACAUUUAAAUACAGUGCAGCUUAGCAAAUUGUUGCAAGGGAAUGUGCCACUGUAUGAAAAAGAUCCUGGAUUUGAACAGUUUAAAAUGUCAGAAAGGUUACACGGGAAUUGGAUCAAACGCUACUUGGAGGAGAAUAGCUCAGAAGUCCUUUUGAACCUUGGCUCUAAGGUCCUCAGGCAGUACCUGGACGCCCUGCAGACCCUGAGCCUGUCUCUGAGCAGACAGGUGGUGCAGUAUGACAUGUACUCUAUGGCGGUUGGGGCCACACUGGUCCUGGAGGUGCGGCUCAUGGGGGUUGGAAAUGGAACCAAACCACUGCUAUUUAAAGUCCUUGCCCUGCUCCUGCUCAGCAUCCCGAAGGCGCUGAGCCCGGCAGCCGAGCUGGAUGUGCCGCUGUCGUCACCACUGUUCUCCCUGCUCUUCUACCUGACGAUCCUGGUCCUCUCGGCCAUCCAUGUGGUAGUGUGCACCUCGACUGAGAGCACCUGCUACUUCUGCAGCAUGCCCUGGCUGGCAGCAGGUGGUGCGAUGCUGCUGAUGUCCGCGCUGCUCUGUGCAAUCGUGUCUGCGCUUACAAAGACGGUGGUCAGCGCAAAGCGUGUGGGCAAGAACCCUGCUCCUCCCAGCGUGCGGUGGUCAGAGCUGGACCUCCUCAUCCUGCUGGGGACCAUGGGCCACAUCCUGAGCCUGGGCGCGAGCAGCUUCAUUGAGGAGGAGCACCAGACCUGGUACUUCCUCGUCAGCACCCUGUGCCUGGCAUUGUGCCAAGAGGUCUGCAGAAACCACUUCCUGGGCAGUGAUGGGGACCCUCAGUGUGGCCUGCGCGAGGAGCCAGGGCCCGAAGGGGCCAUGCUGACUAUGCAGGAUGGAGCGGAGGGCUGUGCCGCGCUGGAGGAGGACAGGACACGUGCGGCAGCCUCUGCCUUCGAGCGGCUGGGCAGCAUGGAGCAGCGGAUGGUGCUAGCCAGCCCCUGGGCUGUGCUGUGCUGCUGCCGGCUGCUUCGGGCCCUGAACCAGACAGGCGUGCAGGGGGCCCACCGUCCUGACCUUGGGCACUGGCUCACCAGCUCCGACCACAAGGCUGCGCUCUCAGUCCUAGCUGCCCUCUCACUGCUUGCUGUCUUCCUGCUGGUCCAGAGGAGGUGCUCACCCAUGUCCAAGGUGGCCCUGGCACUCGGGCUGCUGGGUGUCUACUGCUACCGGGCAGCCAUCGGGAAUGUGAUGUCACCAUGGCAACGAGGCAACAGUGACAUCUCAAAGGGCAUUGUCGAGGCUCGUUUUGUUUAUGUCUUUGUCUUUGGCAUCCUCUUCACGGGUACCAAAGACUUGCUCAGGUCUCAAGUUGCUGCCAUCGCCAUCAAAGCCAGGACUGUGGGCUUGUGGGAGAUAUACAGUGGGCUAGUCCUGCUGGCAGCAUUGCUACUCAGGCCACACAACCUCCCGGUACUGGUGUCCAGCCUCCUGGUCCAGACCCUGAUGGCCAAGUUUGUCUGGAAGCCCCUGAACCACGGUGUGGCCGAGGUCACAGUGAUGCACUACUGGUUUGGCCAGGCCUUCUUCUACUUCCAGGGGAACUCCAACAACAUCGCUACCGUGGAUGUCUCGGCGGGCUUCGUGGGCCUGGAGCGCUAUGUGGAGGUCCCCGCCGUGUUCCUGACUGCAUUUGCCACCUACGUGGGCCCCGUCUUGUGGGCCAGCCACCUGGUGAACUACCUGAGCUCAGAGUCAAGCAGCCAUUCAGCACUGCGUCAUGCUUGCUUCUGCUACGCACUGAUUUGCUCCAUUCCAGUGUCCGCGUAUAUCAUUCUGGUGACGUCCCUGCGUUACCAUUUAUUUAUAUGGAGCGUGUUUUCUCCAAAGCUUCUCUAUGAGGGAAUGCGUCUAUUCGUUACAGCUGCUAUUUGUGUGUUCUUCACAGCCAUGGAUCAAACCAGACUCACAAAACCUUAGACAAAGCUCUAUGGAGACUGGGAAAAUACUGUUUUAAAAGUCUGUGUUAACUUCACAGAUUUGAGUGAUGAAAAACCUGCUUAAAUGCAGGAGCAUUCUGAAAAAGAGCAAAUUCAACAAAGGUGAUGAAUAGCUUUAAUUUCUUUGACUACUGUACUUGAAUUUAGACUAAAUAACAACGGGUUUAAUAUGUUUCCUCCUGAAAAAGAUCACUUUAAAAUAAUUGAAUCUAUAUGGUUAGUGUUGUUAUUUCCCUUUGUGGCAGACACUUUAGAAACUUCUGAAAUUUCAACUUUCUCUGGAUAAGCUUGGUAUGACCCAAAUAUGUGCACUUAUAUCAACAAAUCAAGACACUCUUGUGCUGCCUCACGUGUUAGGGUUUCAGAGAGCCAGGGUCCCGUGAGGGUUGGCGUCACAGCACCCCUUGAUGAUCUGAAAAUCAUUGCAGCCCCAAAGAGUUUUUGUGUAUGUAGGUUAUAUCAAUCAAUGUUUGUGGUAUUUGAAAUUAAAACUAAGAAAUUUCAAAAAUACUUAUUUGUUAAAAAUAAUAAGCCCAUGGCAUAUUAAUAUAUUUUUUAAGAAAAAUAACUAUAUUUUCCAAAACAAAGAUAUUUUGUGAGAAGAGUGGCGUUGUUUACCUCUUUCCAAAUCUCUUCAAUGUCUGGCUUAGUUGAAGACAGUGGAGCCUGCGUUCCAUCUGUUGUGAUGUGUUUUUGGUUGAAGUAUGAGAACACUCAGCCUCACACAGAUAAGUGGUUGGAAAAGGGAAGAGUUGUUUAAUAUUCUUUUUCUGAUCAUUGUGGUUGUUCUUUUUUUGAUACUACAGAAAAACUUAACAAGUGUUAGUUUCUUGAAGGUUGUUGUUUCUGUUAGGUGCCAUCGAGUCAGUUCAAACUUAUAGUGACCCUGUACGUACAAAAGAAGAAAAUACUACCCAGUAGUGCGCCAUCCUCAGUCAUUAUCCUUGAGCCCAUUGUUAAAGCCACUGUACCAGUCCAUCUCAUUGAGAGUCUUCUCUUUCGCUGACCCUCUACUUUACUUGAAGGUUAGUUGGGGGAAAAAAAUGUACAGGUUAAAAGGGACACCCAAGAAGAUUUGUACCUGAGUCAAAACUGUACUAACGUCGAUUUCCUGGUUGUGACAAUGUAUCUGGUUAUGUCAGAGGUCAUCAUGGGGAAGGUGGGUGAAGGGUAAAUGAAACUUGUUAUGGAUUGAAUUAUGUCCCCAAAAAAUAUCUGUCAACUUGGCUGGGUCAUGACUCCCAGUAUUGUGUGAUUGUCCACCAUUUUGUCAUCUGAUGUGAUUUUCCUAUGUGUUGUAAAUCCUAUCUCUAUGAUGUUAAUGAGGUAAGAUUAGUGGCAGUUAUGUUAAUGAGGCAGGACUCUACAAGAUUAGGUUUUGUUUUAAGCCAAUCUCUUUGAGAUAUAAAAGAGAAGUGAGCAGAGACAUGGGGACCUCAUACCACCAAGAAACAAGAACCAGAAUAGAGAGCACUUUGGACCCGGGGUCUCUGCACUGAGAAGCUCCUUGACCAGGGAAGAUUGAUGACAAGGACCUUCCCCGAGAGCCAACGGAGAGAGAAAGCUUUCCCCUGGAGCUGACACCCUGAAUUCAGAUUUCUAGCCUCCUAGACUGUGAGAGUAAAUUUCUCUUUGUUAAAGCCAUCCACUUGUGGUAUUUCUGUUAUAGCAGCACUGGACAACUAAGACAGAACUCUAGUACUAUUUUUGUAAUUUCUUGUAAGCCUUAAAAUAUUUAAAAAUAAAAAGUUAUUUAAAUAGAGAAAAGGUGAAUUAGAGCGUGGAAUCUGUUACAUUAAAAUCCCCUGCUUUGUCUCGCACCAAGGAGUGGUGAGUUAUGUCUGCAUUAUCACUAGGAAGUAACGGCUAACUGAGUUAUGUACGUCUUCCAAAUGUUGACAUUCAUUAUUCAACACCUAAAUGUCACUUUUGUUAAUAUCACCACCAAUCUCCUCAAAGACGUUUUCCGGAACUCUUCAUUUAUGCCAAAUACCCAAAUCUGAGUAAUCAGUUGGUCAGUCAGCCUUUCAAGUAAAAGUACCACUUGUGACAAAGACUUUAUGACAAAGGUCUGUGACAUAGACCCCAAUGAGAGACGCUCCAUGCCAGAGGCUCCAUGACAGGGGUCCCGUGACAGAGGUUCUGUGACUGAGACCCUGUGACGUGGGCUUUGUGACAGGCCCCAUGACAGAAGCUCAGUGACUGAGGCCCUGUGACACGGGCUUUGUGGUAGAAGCCCUGUGACAGAGCUUUCGUGACAGGGACCCCAUAUUAUUAUCAGAACUAAUUUAUAGACAGAUGAGAAACUGAGGCACUGAGCAGCUGAACAACGUGCUAAAGGCCACAGGGUCCAUGAGUGGCUGCUGAGAGUCAGUGGAGCAAGCAGGUUAGACGGUGCCCAUAUUACAAACCACAGGAUGAGGGAUGAAGAGCUCGCAGUGCAGGAGGUCCGUGAUGUGGGGGCUGGCCCAGGGGCAGGGCAUCCAGGCAUCGGAGCACAGAGGAAUGCCGCCCUCCACUUUAGCAGCCUUCAGAGUGGACUUGGGGUGCACAGGGCCCAGGGGAAAGGUGCAGGAGCCUUCCAGAUGGACUUGGGGUGCACAGGGCCCAGGGGAAAGGUGCAGGAGCCUUCCAGAUGGACUUGGGGUGUACAGGGCCCAGGGGAAAGGUACAGGAACCUUCCAGGUAGACGUGGGGUACACAGGGCCCAGGGGGAAGGUGCAGGAACCUUCUGGGUAGUCUUGGGGUGCACAGGGCCCAGGGGGAAGGUCCAGAAGCCCCUGGAUUUCAUGUGAGAAAAGGAGACUCCAUCCACAUUCCUGAGCCACACGCACCUGUCCUGCACCAGUCAGUGGCUUCCGGCUGACAAAAGCCUGGAGAGCUCCA